UUGUUUUCACGAAUUUAAUUAUGGUACCAGUGCAACAUUUAACUAACGCAACUGAAGCGUCCCGCAAAUCUUGAUAAAAUUAAUUAAUGAGCUACAGUUCGAACUUCGAACGACUAACUACAUUCUCCGUUCAUUUCCAUCAAUGUAAGCGUGGAUGUCGAACGGUUGUGCGUGCGUUUUCAUACAAGAUAUUUGUUAAUAGUGAAAACUGUUUAAACUUCGGUGUGCACCAGAUUUUCUCCCAUACUUAACUCAAUCAUUCCAUCCGCACUUAGCGGCAUUUUAAAGUACGUUUAAUUUUAAUUUCACUUCCGUGCGUUUAUUUUGUAGUUUAAAGCGCACAUUGUCACGUCCAGACUACGUAGCGCUGUGCCCUCGAAAACUGUUCUUUGUGUUAAGUGACGAUGCGUUAUUUAAAUGGAAAUACGGGCCAAAUUAGGGACUCGAGGGACGUACCAAAAAAUGAAAUAUUCGUGAACAGAAGCCUCCAUUUGGAGAACAUCAAAUUCUAUGGUUUCGACAUGGACUACACGCUUGCCGAGUACAAGUCUCCGCAUUAUGAGAAGCUAGGAUUCGACUUGGUUAAACAACACAUGGUGUCAAUAGGUUACCCGCAAGAAAUCUUGGAAUUCGAAUAUGAUCCAGCUUUCCCUGUUAGGGGCCUGUGGUUUGAUACUCUUUAUGGAAAUUUAUUAAAAGUGGACGCAUAUGGAAACAUUCUAGUUGCUGUGCACGGCUUCGAAUUUUUGAAACACUCACGGAUUUACGAACUCUACCCUAACAAAUUUAUAACCCUAGAUGAAUCGAGGGUCUAUGUGCUCAACACGUUGUUCAAUUUGCCAGAGACUUAUUUGCUCGCUUGUCUGAUUGAUUUUUUUACUAACUCACCCGAUUACGCAAUAAACGAUACGGGGGUUGUGUGCGGAGAGCUGUUGAUGUCGUAUCAGUCGGUCUUCCAGGAUAUUAGAAAUGCUGUAGAUUAUGUGCACCUUCGAGGUGAGCUUAAACAACGAACAAUCGAGAAUUUGGAAAAAUUUGUGAAAAAAGAUGAAAGACUACCAACGUUUUUGGCUAGGCUUAGAGAGAGUGGAGCCAAGACGUUCUUGCUCACGAAUAGCGAUUAUAAUUUUACCGAUAAGAUUAUGAAUUAUUUAUUCGAUUUUCCUCAUGGGGCUAAGCCCGACGAGCCACACCGCAACUGGAAAACCUACUUUGACAUCGUAGUAGUAAAUGCAUGCAAGCCGCUAUUUUUCGCAGAAGGAACCAUUCUUCGUCAAGUAGACACAAGUACAGGAGCAUUAAGACUUGGCAUACAUACGGGCCCAUUCCAGAAAGAUCAUGUCUAUUCUGGCGGAUCUUGUGAUGUAUUUUCAAAACUUAUUGGCGCAAAAGGAAAGGACGUAUUAUACGUAGGUGAUCAUAUUUUCGGUGAUAUUUUGAAGAGUAAGAAAAUUAGAGGAUGGAGAACAUUCUUAAUAGUGCCUGAAUUGGUAAGGGAACUGCACGUAUGGACUGAUAAAUGCCAACUGUUCAACGAACUUCAAACCUUAGACGUGAAACUCGGAGAAAUGUACAAAAACUUGGACAGUAGUACGAAGGAAAAGCCAGAUAUUUCGAAGCUUAGAAGUGCUAUUAGGGAUGUAACACAUAAAAUGGACAUGUCGUAUGGAAUGAUGGGAAGUCUAUUCAGAUCGGGAUCUCGUCAAACCUUUUUCUCUUCACAAGUUGUGAGAUAUGCAGACUUGUAUGCCGCUACUCAUCUCAACUUGCUAUAUUACCCGUUUUCGUACAUGUUCCGGGCACCAGCCAUGUUGUUGCCCCAUGAGUCGACAGUAGCACAUGAACAACAUUUUGCCACUGAGCUAAUGCCCGACGAUGAAGAUUCAAGAAGGCAAUCUAAGGUGUUUGAAAGAGCUCAAAGCCAGAUCCCUCACAUCCGACCCGAGACUCCCCAAAGUCUUACCCAUAAUCACGACGAAGAUUUUAGUGAUGAAGAUAGCGAUGAGAAGAACCUGUCUUCCAAGUCAAACGGCAAUGAAAAGUAAUAAAGGUAAUUUUUGUAAACCGUUUUCGCAAAUAAAAAUAAAUUGAGGUUGUGCAUAAAGGAUAACAUAAUAAACCGACCGUUCCUGCCAGAAAUAGUUAGGUCUAAAGACUUUUGGGCUCAGUAACAGGUGAUUUGUUACAGAUUAUUUAGUUCUGUUUUAGUGUGUUGCAAAUUACAUUUAAAAUAGUAUUGUCUUUCCAGCUGUUUACGCAUGAAGUAUCUUAAGAGCAUUAGUUUGUUGUCAUUGAGGCUGUGUUAAGAAACAUAGUAAACCUUUACGCCAAGCAAACUGCAAAGACUAAACGCUCAUUGUUUUCUUUCGUUUACGAAAUCAAAAAUAUUGUUUUAAGAGAUUCAAACAGAAAGCUAAUUCUAAGACCUUGUGUAAUACAUGAAAAUGCAUAUAAACAACGCAUACAAUUUAGGUGAUAUUCUGCUAGAGAAUUAAUAACUUUUGCAAAUAAGCAAUUUCAAACUGUUUAUUUAGGAACUUAUUUAGAAUUUCUCAUCAGAACAUCUUGCCUGAUGCAAUUGAAUUUGUACGAAAUCUCGUAUAGUUUCAUGAGGAUUAUUAAAUAAGAAAGUAUUUAAGAUUAAAAUUUUCUCGAUUCUAACUAGAAUUCAUUUUGAUCGAGUUUUAAAUCAUAAAUAUCCGACUGUUUUGCAAAUGUUUGCACAUUUGAACAUAAAUAAAGUUUUACGAGCAUUUUACUUAAUACGUAUUAAGGCUGAGAGUUUUUUUCUAUAAAUCGUUAAAAACAGUGUACAAUGAAAGUUCAAUGCACACUGAAAAAAAAUGUCAGAAUAAGAAGAUUGUAUUUUUAGUAUAGUACGUUAGUUAUUGUGCACAAAAUAAUACAUGUUACAACAAUUUAAAGUAUAUCUUGAAAAUGCUAUAUUUUAAUGAAAACAAAUAGUACCUAUAGUUGCUGUAGAUUUAUUGUUUAUAGUAUAAUAUAUAUUUGUUUUUUUUGAGAUUUUAAUAUAAUUUAAUUCUUUUAUAUUAAAGAUUGCAACCAUUA